CGAAAAGAAUUAACUUUUACAGAAAAAGAACUAGCGUUCUAUGAUGGAAGUGAUCCUACCAAGCCCAUUUAUCUCGCCAUUGAUGGCAAUGUCUACGAUGUAACAAAAGGAGCCGGUUGGUACGGUCCAGGCGGAAGUUACCAUCAUUUUGCAGGCAAAGAUGCGGCCCGUGCGUACGUUACCGGCUGUUUUAAAGAACAUCUCACGCACGAUAUUCGAGGCUUCAACGAGCAGCAAAGGAAGGCACUGAACCAUUGGAAAUCCUUUUAUGAAAACCAUCAUACCUAUUACAAAAUUGGACAUGUACUGCACGACCCUAUACCUUCGGAUCAACCUAUACCACCCGAUUGUCGUUCGGCCACUCAACAAAAACCAUCCACAAAAUAA